CUCCGGAGGAUGCCCCUGCAGGUAGGCCCAGUCUCCAGACACCACCACCCCCCAGCCGAGUCAGGAAUAGAAACCGCCGCCUCCGGCCGCCAGCGGCCUCACUCCCUCCUCCGGCAGCGAUCGAUGCGGCCUUCAGCCGCGGGGGACUAGGCAAGGAAGAAGGAAGGAGAGGGCAGCGGGGCCGCCUGCAGCAGGAGGCUCGGCGGGGCCGGCGGGGCAGAGGCGAGACCGAGUAUAGCCAGCGGCUCCCAGCCUCGGUGCCUUUGGGACAGACACGCGAGGCGCCCGGGAGGUGCCACCACAGGUGAUGCUGAUGCUGCUGGUCCGGGGAACACACUAUGAGAACCUCCGGUCUAAAGUGGUGCUCCCAACACCCCUAGCAGGGAGGAGCACUGAAACCUUUGUGAGCGAAUUCCCGGGCCCCGACACCGGGAUCCGCUGGCGGCGAAGCGACGAGGCGCUGCGCGUGAACGUGGGUGGCGUGCGGCGGCAGCUGAGCGCGCGCGCCCUGGCGCGCUUCCCGGGCACGCGGCUGGGCCGCCUGCACGCCGCGGCGUCGGAGGAGCAGGCGCGGCGCCUGUGCGACGACUACGACGAGGCGGCGCGCGAAUUCUACUUCGACCGGCACCCGGGCUUCUUCCUGAGCCUGCUGCACUUCUACCGCACUGGCCACCUGCACGUGCUCGACGAGCUGUGCGUCUUCGCCUUUGGCCAGGAGGCCGACUACUGGGGCCUAGGCGAGAACGCGCUUGCCGCGUGCUGCCGCGCGCGCUACCUGGAGAGGCGGCUGACCCAGCCGCACGCCUGGGACGAGGACAGCGACACGCCGAGCAGCGUGGACCCGUGCCCCGACGAGAUCUCCGACGUGCAGCGAGAACUGGCGCGCUAUGGCGCGGCGCGCUGUGGCCGCCUGCGCCGCCGCCUCUGGCUGACCAUGGAGAACCCGGGCUACUCGCUGCCGAGCAAGCUCUUCAGCUGCGUCUCCAUCAGCGUGGUGCUCGCCUCCAUCGCCGCCAUGUGCAUCCACAGCCUGCCCGAGUACCAGGCCCGCGAGGCGGCGGCCGCCGUGGCUGCGGUGGCUGCGGGCCGCAGCCCGGAAGGCGUGCGCGACGACCCGGUGCUGCGACGCCUCGAGUACUUCUGCAUCGCCUGGUUCAGCUUCGAGGUGUCGUCGCGCCUCCUGCUGGCGCCCAGUACGCGCAACUUCUUCUGCCACCCGCUCAACCUCAUCGACAUUGUGUCUGUGCUGCCCUUCUAUCUCACGCUGCUGGCUGGUGUGGCACUGGGCGACCAGGGCGGCAAGGAGUUCGGCCACCUGGGCAAGGUGGUGCAGGUGUUCCGCCUCAUGCGCAUCUUCCGCGUACUCAAGUUGGCGCGCCAUUCCACCGGGCUGCGCUCGCUGGGAGCCACGCUCAAGCACAGCUACCGUGAGGUGGGCAUCUUGCUGCUGUACCUGGCUGUGGGUGUGUCAGUGUUCUCUGGUGUGGCCUACACAGCUGAAAAGGAGGAGGACGUGGGCUUUAACACCAUCCCAGCCUGCUGGUGGUGGGGCACAGUAAGCAUGACCACCGUGGGCUAUGGGGAUGUGGUGCCAGUGACGGUGGCUGGCAAGCUGGCAGCCUCAGGCUGCAUCCUAGGGGGCAUCCUGGUGGUAGCACUCCCCAUCACCAUCAUCUUCAACAAGUUCUCCCACUUCUACCGGCGCCAGAAGGCUCUGGAGGCAGCCGUGCGCAACAGCAACCACCGGGAGUUUGAGGACUUGCUGAGCAGCGUUGAUGGGGUGUCGGAGGCAUCUCUGGAGACAUCCCGAGAAACCUCUCAGGAGGGACGGUCGGCAGAUCUAGAGAGCCAGGCCCCCAGUGAGCCUCCACACCCUCAGAGGUAUUAAAACCAGGGAUCCGUGACCCCCUGCCAUGCCCCUACAGUCAGCUGAGACAGUAGAGAUUCCUCCCCUGCUAAAGUUCUUCAUGGUAGUGAGCCUCCCAGGAUCACUCAUGCUGUCCUGAGAAAUGAGAUUCAAAAGCUGCAUUCCUUCCUCCAAAGGCCCAGGACAGGACAGUGCUACCCUAGAUUCUGUGAGAUUCUGCAAGCAACUCAGAAAGCUUUAUAAACCUGCCUCCAAGCUAUUCAUGAAGCAGGCAUGAGCCAGAGGGAGGAAGUUGAAAGGAUGCUAAUGAUUCCUGAGCACCUCCUGUACAUGAGCCAGGUCAUGUUUGGCCUUGUGUUGGAGAAAGAUAAUUAUCCCCACUUCACAGAUGAGGAAACCAAGGCUAAGAGAUGAGCGAUGCCUCUCCCAGAUGUCACAAUUAGAAGUGGCAGAGUCAGGUUUGGAAUCUGGGCUUGUUGGUGGACCUGGAGCAAUGCUCCAUCAACUCCAUCUUUCUUCUGCCCUCAUGAAGUUUGCAUGUGUUUUUUGGUGAUUCAUGGAUCCCCAGAGUUGAUCCACAAGAUAAGAAAUCCCUUUCAGAGCCAGGGAAGGGUCCAGACAGGAGAUUUGGAUAUAGGAGCUCUGGAUCUCAGCUGUGGUUCCUUUCUAGGAGCAUCCAACAGGAGUCAGCAAUCAAAGAUGAGUCCUGGAGGGAAGGAGGAUGAGUCCUGGGAGGAAGUACCAUAGCAUUGUACUUGCCUCUUUAGCUGGUAUGCAAGAUUUGCUAAGCAAUAAUCUUCUGACCUUCCUCCCAGGGCUGAUGUGAGAGAAAGAAAAUCUGAAGGGCCCCUGGCCUGAGAUCUAGACAACCUAGCUGCGCCAAGACCUGCUGUGUAAAGUGGUCCAAUCCCUGCCCCCAAGUCCAGAUUCCAGCCCUUCUGUCAAAUGGUCGGAAUCUGUGACCCAGAGGGCAAUGAAAGCCAAGGAGAGCAGAGCGGUCUCUAACUUAAAGCCAGCUCAGCUCUGAAAUGUUCAGAGGGCUGACAUAUACGAAUACUGGCUUCUAAGACCCUCCCCCAACAGUCUGACCUUGGCAAUUCCUUUCUGCCCAUCACACAGACGUCCAGCCCUACAUUGUCCAGCCCUACCUAGAGUACCCAUCCAGGCCCAUGUGUGAGAGUCCUCUCCCUUCUGGCCAGCUCCAGCCCCCUCACCCUUGCUGGGGGCAUAUCUCUCAUACCCACCUGCUGAAUCUUCUCUUCACUUGCUGAGAAAGUCAGAGGAGGGGAUCCAGUAGCCCUUUGCACAUACUGUGGCUACAGCACCCAGCAGUGUGCUGUUGUUGUCUGACUGUGGCUAUCUCUGUCCCAUCACCCUGAGCCUCAAGAUGGAAGACAUUGUCUGCUUGAACUCUGGGCUUGGUGCAGAGUAGGUGUUUGGUAAAUGUUGAAUAGAUCAACCAAUUCCUACAGCCCACUGGGUGCCAAGCUCAGAGGGGAAAAAAAGAUAGCCAGAGAGAGACCUGGCCCUCAAAAAGGUGUGAACAAGACUGAAAAGGAGGACCGUUCAGCUCCGCCUGCCCUGUCCCUGCUUGGUUCUUGAAGUUUUUACAAUAUAUUCCUUGUAGGUUCUUCACUCACUCACUCAACAAAUACCCGUUGGAAGAGUCUUAAACUGGGGCUUCGUGUGUGGCCUGCAGUCAUGUUUCGGCUUAGUCCAACAGUAUUUUUAUUACAUUUGAAGAAUCUGAAUGCCUUUGCGUGAGGCAUGCACUCUCAGGUUCCCCAUAGUGUCUCCCCCGCUGCCACCCACAAACAGACACACAUGCUGUUGUGUUAUGCCCAGCCACUCUGAUAUACUGGCUUCUGCCUUGUGGACUGCUUACUAGUCUCAAGAGAUACAGUGGUGGGAAAAUAUAUCCCGAUACUCAUGAAGCUUACCGACUAGUAGGGAAGAUAGACUCUAAUGCAAUAAUCACAUAAAUAUAGCGAGCUCUACUAAGUACAGGUGUGUAUAAUGUAUCAGGGACCAUGGCCCGAGAAAGUGAGAAGGCUUUCCUGAGCAAGUGACAAUCUAACCUGCCAUCCAAAUGAUAAAUUGCUAAUUAAGCAAAUGAGGUUCCAGGGGGGAGUACUCCAAGCAGAGAGAAUGGCAUGUGUGAAGGUGUGUGUCAUACACAGGGCCUAGUACAUAGUGGGCCCCCUACAUACGCAUGGAUUCUGGGUCUCCAGAUUGGAAGAGAGGAUGGAGCUAAGCAGGAAAGGGCCUCCCUUGAAUUCACCACACACAUACCAGCCCUUCUGCACACUCUGCUCCUUACAUCUAGGCCCAGCUGAACCCAGGUUAGGGGCAGAUCAGAAGGGCUGCGUGUAGCACCCUUAUGGUCUUGCAGAACACACCAAGAAACCCGAUGGCUUCCGUAUUUUCUGACCCUACAAACAGGUCCCUAAUACUGGUGUGGAGAAAGCUCAAGAGAGAAUCAUCUGGCCUGAGCCUACCAUGAGGCUGUUUGUGGUCCUGUCAGAAAAGCAACAACUCGCUCCCCUUCCCAUGUAUCAGUGAAAACCAUUAUGCAAAUAAAGAGCUGGGCCCCAGGA